AUGGCUUCCACGGAGCAGAGCACAAUAUUUACACGUUUUUAGCAAUGUAGAAAUGGCAGCAACGCUAAACCUGUCGGGGUCGCAAGGUUUAGACCCUUCGUCUUCAAGCGACCAGUCUGUGUCCAGUCGGAGUAAUAACAGAAGUCUGAGAGUCGCAGAAAAUGAGAGGAAGAAGAACGAGGCGGAGGACCCGUUUGUUCUGGCCCUGAAGUACUUCUCUGACGUUGAAGCGGGUACUCCAGUGCAAGGGAACGAUGAGGUCGAGAAGAACAUGGUUAUGGUGGAGAAGGUGGCCUACAGGAACGGACUUUCCCCGGAGGCCAUCUCUAUCAUGCUGGAGUUUGCCAUGAGCCUCCGUAUGGGGAUGACUCUCUGUGCCCGGGUGCUGAAGUGUCUGAUUCCUGCCACGGUGGUACCACAGGAGGCUGUUGUUCGAGCAGUGGUUUGGCUGGGAAUUGGAAAAAUACCCAUCAACACACGAAUUCUUUUCAUAAAGUGGGUGUUGACUGUAUUUGACAUGAUUGAUGCAAAGGACCAACUUCGGGCCGUCUAUGGCUUCAUCUUCAGUUAUGUCACUGAGGAAAAUAUGUGUCCUUUCAUCUGCCAUCUGCUGUACCUUUUGACCAGGAAGGAAAGUGUGCAGGUCUUCAGAGUCAGGAAGCUACUGGAGCUACAGUCUAGACUGGGAAGGCAACCGUUCCUCUUGAGCCUACUGUCACUUUACAGGGUGUUUUGCCCUGACCUGGUGACGCUCUCCAUCUCUUCACGAAUUAAGAGUGGGUUUAGAAACCACAAUAUGCCCUGGAAAUCAGCCCUGAUUGCAGUCCAGAAGAGGAAUGGUUCCCAGGUUGCCGCCAGCAUCAGCCUGGCCUCCACAAUUAAGACCAACCCCAGGAAAAGGAAACACUGCCACCUGGAAUUGCCGGAGUUGAGUUCUGUCGUCGGUAAAGAGGCGCAGACUGAUUCGUCCUCCAGCAGAAAGGUGGUCCCCCUGGUGCAGCUCCACUCCUUUGCGCAUAUCCUGGAGAACAUUCACCGCAUCGAGCUGCCCGCUCAGAUGGGCUCACUGCUGGGCUCCAGUCUGGCACUGCAGUACCUGGACUGUGUACAGGACGAGUCUGCCCUCCUACGCCUCAACUUCUGGCUCGGCCACGCGCUCCACGAAGAGUUCUUGUUCUGUGGCGAUGGAGGAGCCUCCCAGAAUUCAGAAGAAGCUCUGCAGUUUCUGAACACGUUGCUGUCCACACAGCAUUUUCUCCAGGAGGGCUUUUCUUGCUCAGAGGCUUUCCUCUACAAAUUCCUCAGUGUUUGGGACGGUUCCCUCUUCCGCCCACAAAUCCUCGGUCUGCUGAGCAACAUCCCUGUUGUCCCCAGUUCCCAAAUCAGACGUCUUCUGUUUGAGCCCCUCAUGCAGCUCUUCUUCACAUCCUCACUGUUCUUCAAGUGUGGUCUGAUGGAGUGUCUCAACAAUAUGCUCUUGAAGUGGCUGACCUGGCACUCCGUGUAUGCCCUGGAGGACGACUUGGACAUCAGCCUCAACAGCCACACCUCCAUAAACAUGACUCUGUCGGGGUUCAAGGAUUCGGUGAUGGAGCUGGUUGCCUUUGUGGGUCAGCUGGCCUCUCUGAGCCUUCAGCUGGAAGGCUGCCACGCUCUCCUCCUCAGCUUCAUUCUGGACUUCUACGAGACAGUGUGCGACACGUUUCUGAAGUAUGGGCUCCCCCUUGUGGUGAUGCCUCCACCUGGAGUGUUUUAUCCAGCCCUGUUUGCCACUGACCCUGUUAGCGUGGACAGACUAGCCUACAUCAUGCACAGGUACAAGGUGAACUUGACAUCAGCCAAGAGUCAAGAAAAACUCAGAGAGCAGGCCUUUCACAUCAGCCGUCAGACGUUCCGCGAGUUCAACCAUUACGCAGUCAUCAUGGUCAGCUGCCUGUGGAACUCCAACAUGUUUCAACCAGACAUGGGCGUCCAGCUGGGAGAGGAGCUGCUGCUCAAGAGCAACGUGCCGCACCACGCGGCGAGCUUCGACCUCAUCCACCACCCUGCCUUCAUGAGCUACGCUGUCGACUUCCAUCAGAGGUGUUGGCCGGAGAGAAAGGACCUGGACCUCAAUUCCAUAAAGCAUUCCAAGCCGUGGAGCUGGUACCUGGAGUAUUUGUUCAGUCAGGGUUACGACGGCCUUAAACAGUUUGUUCAGAGCAACAUCAGCCUGCCGCUGACGGCGGCUGGGGGUCAGGGCAAAGGCCCGGGCAGCGGAGACGGAGACGGCCUGUCCACAUAGCAGGUCGAGGGAGAUGCUGAACUCAGUGGAGAGGAACACCUGCACCACAAGCAUCAUUUUUAAUAGACUUGUACAUAUUCUAUCUCUGAGUGUCUUGUGUACAUAGACGUGUCUGUUUUUGUUAUGUAUGUGUACUUGUAAUACUGUUUAUUCAAUGAUUAUAGACAUAAAGCUAAGACUUUUUUUAGCUUUCUUUUCAGUAUUUUAUUUUUUCUUCGCAAUAAACUUUGUUUUUACGUCAACACACUGACAUUAAAACUGCUUCAACAUUGUACAAUUGUGUUAUAUUCGUGUACAGCUUGCCCCCUGCAAACCCUGACUCAUAAUAAAUAAGUGUAAGACUCUUUUACCGUCAAAACAAAUAAAAACAUAACCUUCCGCAUUUUCAAUGCGAAGGUAAUGAA